UUAACUUUUUCAAAAUUCAACACCACUUUCACGCGGCUCUUUCCGAUAGCUUCACCAUUUUCCUUUCACGUAUACGAUUGUUUAUUUUUAAUCUUGAAAGCUCGUUUUCCUUCCGAAACAAAGUUAUGAAAUAUGUGAAAAGCAAAAGUCGCAGCAAAUAGUCGCCAGCAGAAUGGUGCUCGCGAUCGGCGCACGCAGCCCAUGGAUCCUAAGAGCCGUAACGAACCGCCUUAUCGGCAAAAUCGGCGCCCUAUCAGCCCUGGCCAACGCCUCGUGCGGCGUCAGAACAAGAGCAGAGAGGAACUACAGCGAUUGCAUGAAAUCGCCGCCGUGUCUGCGCGACGAGCUGAUAUGCAACGUCGUCGAACCUGUUCAGGACGGACUGAACAAGGUGACCAUAGUGGGCGCCGGUAUGGUAGGGAUCGCCUGCUGCAACGCCAUUCUCUUCCAGAAAAUCAGCAGCCACAUCGCUCUGGUCGACGCUUUUCCCAAGAAGCUCAGGGGAGAGGGACUGGACUACUCGCAGGGCCUGCCGUUCCUGAACGAUCCUCACGUGGAGUACGACACAGACUUCUGUAUCUCCAGCAACUCCCGAGUGGUGAUCGUAACGACGGGCGCGAGGCAGUGCAAAAACGAAUCCCGGCUCGAGCUAGUACAGCGCAACGCCGACAUAAUAAAGAGCAUUAUUAUACCAUUAGCCGAGUACAGCCCGAGAGCAGUCUUUGUGAUCGUGACGAACCCAGUGGACAUCCUGAGCUGGCUCGCGUGGAAGAUAAGCGGCCUGCCGGUGAACAGGAUCAUCGGCAGCGGCACACACCUGGAUACCUCGAGAUUUCGCUACGCGAUUGCCAAUCGCAUCGGCGUCGCGGCGAACUCGGUUCACGGCUUCGUCAUCGGCGAGCACGGGGAUAGCCAAGUUCCCCUGUGGUCGGGCGUCAACGUGGCCGGCGUGCAGUUUCGGGACGUGCUGCCCAACAUCGGCAUGUCCACGGACGACGAGAAGUGGCACGAAGUCGCCAAAGACGUCGUCAACGCGGGAGCGACGGUGAGGUGCCUGAAAGGAUAUUCAAAUACCGCGAUCGGACUCGCAGUCGCUGACAUCGUCAAGGACGUUCUGCGAAACGCUCAAUCGGUCAAAGCCGUCUCGACGCUUGUUCAGGGUCACUACGGCAUCUGCCACGAGGUGUUCCUCUCGCUUCCGUGCAGCAUCGGGGAGAACGGAAUCGGCAGCGUCGUUCGCGUCCGGAUGACCGAGCAGGAGCAGAAGCUCCUCCAGGCGUCCGCUGACAUCGUCCACAACGUCCAGAAGGGCAUCAAGCUCUGAGGAGAACCCUUUCGUGUAAAUUCAAUAAAAUCGGUGCGUUUUGCGUCGUAAAUAAUUGCGAAAAGUGUUUUUUUCCGAUAUAAGCGGCAAUUUUAUUCAAUAAACGCGGCGAUUUGCAUGCCGGCGAUAAAAAG